AUGCAACUCGUAUCAUCUGUACGGACAGAGGUACUGCGAUGUUUCCUUGGCUGGAUAGCUCGGGCAGCAGCAAGACUAGAGUCCGGUUGGGUCAUCUCUGUCCGUAGGGCUGGUCCCAAUGAAGAGGACGAAGAGCUACCGGCUCUUCCUCGAAUGGGAGCUAAAGGCAUCGAUUGCGGCGUUAUCGAUGACCGCCAACAGUACACCAGUUUUCCAUCACCGUCACGGAUGUUUAGUUUUCCGCCCAAGAGCAGCAUCAUGGAUGAGCGGACGUGA